AUGCGCCUCAUGGAGGUGCAGUCUUACAUUGCUGACCUAGGCAAGGCCUACGUCCAGCAUGUAAACAACAUCACCGAAGGACGCGAUGCCAACAUUGAGCUCCCCCUCGGUCCCUCUGGAUUCAUGGGCCCGGAUUUUCUUUUCCGUGCCGGCAGCCCCGGUGCUAAGUCUGAGGCUGGUGGCCCCAAGAAGCGCAAGCGCGCGCCCGUCGACCCCAACGCGCCCAAGCGUGCCUUGACACCCUACUUCUUGUAUAUGCAGCACAACCGCAGCAAGAUCGCCGCCGACUUGGGCAAUGAUGCGCGCCCCAAGGAUGUCGCCGACGAGGGCACCCGGCGCUGGCAGAGCAUGGAAGAUACCCAGAAGGAGGUCUGGAAGAAGAUGUAUGCCGCCAACUACGACCAGUACAAGCGCGAUAUGGCAGCCUACAAGGCCAGCAACAAGGUUGAGGAGGACCACGAUCCCGCAGCCAACCAACUGCAACAGGACUUUGCCGGUGCCGAGCCCGAGGCUGAGGCUGAGGCUGGGGUCGAGGGUGAGGCUGAGCACGAGGAGUCUGCCGAGGAGUCCACCGAAUCAUCCGACGAGUCGCAGUCCCCGUCUCCCGUGAAGGAAAAGACCCCGCCGCGCAGCACCACCAAGCGCCGCCGCAGUGAUACCAAGGCCAAGGAAGCCGAGACUCCUGCCAAGUCGCCUGUCAAGCGGGGUCGCAAGGCUGCGGAGCCGGUGUCAACACCGGCUGUCAAGACACCGGCUGAAAACAAGCGUAGGACCAAGAAGCGCAAGAGCGAGGUGUAA